CAGGAACUACUCCGAUACCGAUCGUUUUAAUUUUAACCUUCUCCAGCCCACAUCCCGGCGGGAGGUGCGUCUUCAGUUUCAGCGGUAAGGUUCCCGAGAAGCAUGUGUCCGACAGCACCACGAUCCUUUCAGUUGCCCAGUCUCUGCCCAUAAUGCCGGUCAGCGCUGUACAUACAGACUGAAACCCACUGGGCAGCAGCGUGGUGAAACCCUCGUCCAGCGAUGCGGCAUUCCUCGCGGCCGAAGUCGGCGCCGACACGAUGGUAGGCCACCAGGACGGGUCGUCGAGCGCGACAGCCCACAGGCCAAUGCAGGGGCUGUAUAUGGCACCAACGGCCUCGAUAGCAUCCCGCCAGCGAUCUGUCCCUAGCAUAGUGACAUUGUACCCGCGCUCGAUCAGGUGGGCCGCUAUCUGCAGGGCCGGUCGCAUAUGGCCCUCGCGCGGGGGUACCGCAUAGAGGAUCUUAGGCUUUGGUGGCAGCUGCUGCGCUUGCAUUUCUUAUGUUUGGGACUUGGAAGAGACAGUUGGGGUAUUUGCUGGUGAUAUUCCGUUGCCUACGCUGAGAGAAAGAUAAGGUACAUCGAGUUCGAGCUGGUGGUGUUAACCGCACUUUGAUGAGUGGAAACAUCCGUGGGGUAGUCGACUCGAGUCCUGAAGUGAUCCCAUGAUUCUGGUUAUCUGGAGAUAGAGUGGCCUCAAGCAUUAUCCUUGAGUCACGUAUCGCCAAUGGCCUUGCACACGACGUACUACACGACAUCAAUCCUCGUCAUAAAACACCAUCGCCCGGACCUCGACGCUAAACCUUGGCCGGCCAUUUUUCUCAUCCAUGUCCGGGUCCUUGAACGCCGCGUGUGGCACGCACUUGGGCCACCCUUUCCGCUUGGUGGUGUCGACCUGCGUGAAGAGCAGCACCUCGUCCGUGGUCUGGUGGUCCUUGUAGUACCACUUUUGGUCCUUGUUGGCGCGCAUCUCGAUGGACUCGGCGUCGUGAUCCGCGAACUUGAGCGGCACCCGCACAAUGUCGUCGGGGCUGAUUGA